CGGGCCACUCGAUGGCCGCCUAUCCAGGGUAUCCGCCCGCUGGAUUCUACCAAUAUCCAGACCAUCCGCGCGAACUCAAGAAGACAUACCUCGCACUUUUACCGCCAGAACAGAUCAUUGAGAUAUGCCUGACGCUCGAUUACUACGUGCCGUUGCACUUCAAGGGCGCCCUGUGGCCUCUUGAUCUUCAGGGGACGAUCGAUGCCAUAAAGGCGGUCAAGGAGAAGGAGGAGCGCGAGAAGCGCGAGCAGGAGGAGGCGGCGCAGCGCGAGAGGGAACAGCGGGAACGCGAUCAGCAGCAAAGCGCACCAUCUACCGAUCCGCCAAGCACCGAUCCGCCACCAGAAGGAGGCAGCGAGAGCGCUAAGGAGCCAGAGAGCAAUGGCGCUGACAAGUCGCAAGAGCCACCUGCGCAGUCAGCACCCCAGGAAGCCAACGUAUCCUCGACCUCAACCUCGACCUCAACUCCUCAGCCACAGCACCAACCCCAAUCCCAGCCUCAGCCUCAGCCGCAACCUCAACCGCAAGCGCCUGUCCCGUACGGCUUCCCAUACUAUCCCUAUGGCCCGUAUCCGCCACCCCCUGGUUAUCCACCUGCAGACGCGCCCAUCCCCGCGCCAGCCCCUGCACCACCUCCACCACCACCACCCCCUCCCUUGACCUACCCGCACCCCUCGCAUCCGCUGUACUCGAACAGUCCACCCACCGCCGGUCCUUCGCGCGUCUCGCAGGGUCCGCAACCUCUACCGGCGGCAUCGUCGGACGGCAAUGGCCCAACAGUGGGCCCGAGCGCAGGGAUGCCGAGCUACGAAGACAUGAUCGUGGAAGCAUUGCUCGAGGCGGAGAACGCGCCGCCUGACGAGAACGGGCAGCGGCCAGACGGGCUGGCGCCGAAGGACGUGUAUGCGUGGAUGGCAGCGCACUACUCGUUGCAGUCCAACUUCCGUCCCUCCGCAUCACAGGCCCUGCAAAAAGCCUACAAACGCGGGCGGCUCGAAAAGGGCGCAGGCGGGAAGUACAAGGUCAACCACAACGCCGGGGCGAGCAGUCUACCAAUGACCCGCCGCAACAACCGCCGCCCCCAAUCCUCUGUUCCCCCACCCCCCGGCACCAUCCGCGGCAUGCACAUCACCACCCCGAGCUCCGCCGCCAACAGCACCCCCGUCUUCACCAACUCCAACUCGCAGAACCUCGACGCCCUCUUCACGCUCACGCAGGCCCUCGAGCAGAAGGGCGCGCAGGCGCACCACGCGCCGGCGGACGCGAACAGCGGGGACGCGGCGGCGUACGAGGCGGCGCAGACGCUGCUGAAGGCGAUCCAGGAGCGGUAUGCGGCGGAGAACACGCAUGCGCAGGAUGCGCACCAGCAGCAGCAGCAGCAGCAGCACGCGCAGGUUGCGGUGAAUGGCCAUGGGCAUGCGAACAAUGCAUCUUCGUCUACAGGCCAGGACGCGAUGGACGUGGACAUGGAGGGUCUGGACGCGGAUACGCGCGCGCAUCUGCAGGCGCAGUUGGCGCUUCUGGCAGCGCAGUUGACGGAGAUCGCGUACGCGGAGCAGGUGGAAGCGGCGGACGAGGCGGCGGCGACGCAGCAAGCGCAUGGGUCGCAUCAACCUCAUACAAUCCAACCAGCGCCAAAUACGGCGACUACUGCACCGGCGACCCAGCAACCGAUGUUCGCGAGCACGUCGCAAUGGUCGAGUCAGUUCACCCCGACGUCGUUCGCAGCUCAACAAGCGCCGGCCUCGUAUGCUUCGACAAUGUAUGCACCUCAGCAAGCGGCGGCAUCGUACACCACACAGCCGCUCGCCCAACCCUCCAUACCCAUCGACCCCGCACUCUUUGCAUCCGCUCCUACCUCACAAUCGACCGCGUCCCAAUCACCAUCUACGCCUACCCCUCAGACCCCUCAACCCGCGUCUGCCCAACCGCAAGCUCAAGCCACCACCCAGCCCGAACAACACCCACAAAAUCAUCCCCCAGACCCUCAGCACGAGCAGCACCCUCCCGCCUCCGAGUCGCACCCCACCCAAUCGCACGCCGACCCCACGACGACCGACCCCUCCUCACAAGCGGACCCCACGACGACCGACACCGAGACCGCGGACGAGAUGGAUAUGGACGCGCAGAUGGAGGCCGCGAUGGACGAGAUGUCGCGGGAUAUGGAGAAGGAUAUGGGCGAGCAUGGGAAGGAGGGGCAUGGGGAGCACGGCGAUGGGGAGCACGGAGGAGGCCCUCAGCAUACACACGCAGUGGAAUCGCAAGGAGGAGUACCCCAACCGCACAAUGAAGGAGAGCCGCACCACGAAGGAGACACCCAACCUCAGCCAGACCCGAACGGCGACACUCAAAUGGGCCACGACGAGGACGACGAGGACGACGACUCGGAUGACGACGACGACAUGGAGGAGGUCGAGGUCCCCGCGUUUGUGCACGAGCAGGUGCAGGCCAUCAUGGGGCAGUUGGGUGUGGCAUAAUGUGGUGUACCCCAUGCGACGUAUGUACUCCCAUGUUUGUCAGUCUCUCCUGUGGGUGGCAUACUUCAUGAGAGCCGGUGUUGAUUAUUCCUAUGUUAUUACCCAGAGAGCGUUUGUCAAGUGAUAUAGCCUAUCCGCAUACUAGCCCUCGCAACCGCAAGGUCCGCCCUAUUGUCGUACCGCCCUGUGCAAUGACCAUUACUUGCUGUACUAGAGAAGCUCCGGCGGCGCCGGCUCCCAACCUUGCUUGCGGAGUGUGUGUGUGCUCGAC